GAGUCAAAGCUCGUGACCUCUCACGUGCAUGUCAACGUAACAGAAAAGGGACAACUCUCACACGCUUGAGACUUCUGUACUUAACCUUUAUCUCUAUAUAAUCUGGUUUGGACCUUGCAAAAAACAAGCACUACUCCACCAUGCCUUUUCAACUCUCUUCCUACUCUAGCUCCGUCCACCAAGAAAGAAAUAUGCAUAAGGGAUUGGUUAUGUAUCCGAUGAUGGGUACACUCCAAUUACGGAUUUGGCUUGGCACCAUUCCUACGACAGUGCAGUGCACGUAUAUCCUUGUAUAUUAUAGCCUCUAGAGGAUGUAUUAAGUGAAAUGGCAUUUGCUUUUUCCACAAAGUUUUCCAGCAGAAGGUUGAUCAGGAAAACUACUUCUAAACUGAUGCGAGUCAAGCAGAGGGAAGGAGAAUCUUUGAAGAAUUACAUGAGCCGGUUCAACGAUGUAGUCCUCGAAGUCAACUCAUUCAACCAAGCCGUGGGAAUUGCGGCUGUAAUUCAAGGUCUCCAGCACGAGAGAUUCAGAGAUAGCUUACUCAAGCAUCCUGCAGCUACUUUCAACGAUAGAGGAGGGUCAGAGCAGAAAACGGAUGAAGAUAGUGCAGAACCGAGGUUUAGUGAUGACCUCCACACCGAGAUUCGAAAAACUGAACUCGAUACCACCCUAGCAGGAAACAGACAAGGCGUGGGAUAUCAACAAGCCUCACCCCCACUCCCACCACCAGCUAGAAUUAUACAUAUGAUUACGGGAGGCUUGGAAGCAAGAGGUUUGAGCUCUAAGCAACGAAAGUUGUACGUCAGAGAGGUGAAGCAUCAAAAUCGAACUCAGAAAAGAAAGUUUGACGAUGCUGAUUGGAAGAAUCAACCCAUCACCUUCACAUCUGAUGAUUUUGACACAGUUGUUACACCUCACAAUGAUCCUCUAGUCACUUCUAUCAUGAUUAACAACUGUGAGGUACAAUGUGUCCUUGUUGACACGGGGAGUGCACCAGACAUCAUGUACUUUCACUGUUUUGAGAGUCUUGGGCUAGAUCCAGCUUUGUUGCAGUGGUACGAUGGUCCCAUCUAUGGAUUCAACAACCAACCCAUUCAAGUAGAAAGAGUUCUUACUCUUAAUGUUGCUUUUGGGAGUGACCGAACUUAUGUUACACCUUCAGUUCGGUUUCUAGUUGUCAAAAUGGCAUCCUCUUUCAAUGUUGUUAUUGGCCGACCCACAUUGACCAAAAUCCAAGCUGUGGUUUCCCAAUCUCAUCUCUGCAUGAAGUUCUCAACUCCCAUGGGGAUAGCAACACUACGGGGCAACCAAAAGCAAGUAAUGGGUGUUGAGAUAGUAGAUAACCGACCAGAGGAUGAAAUCAGAGCUACUCCAGUUGAGGAUGUUGAGGAAGUGCACAUUGAUGACAGAGAUCCACGCAGAAAGACGCAAAUUGGAACUCGAUUGAACCCAAAGGAAAGAGUAGAGCUAAUACCUUUUCUCCGAGCUAACAACGAUGUCUUCGCUUGGAUUUCGGCAAACAUGCCAAGAAUUCCAACCUUAGUUAUAAAGGAAGAGGUAGAGAAGCUCCUACAAGCUGGUUUUGUCAGAAGAGUUGAUUAUUGCGAAUGGGUGGCUAACCCAGUGUUGGUCAAAAAGGCAAAUGCGACUUCUGGAAAUGGGAGAUUAAGUCUCUUGGAUGAAUAUUUUGGGUAUCACCAAGUGCCGAUGGCUCCGGAGGAUGAAGAGAAAACCUCGUUCUAUGCUAGUGAUGAAAUCUAUUGCUAUAUCAGGAUGCCAUUUGGCUUAAAGAACGCAAGUGCUACUUAUAAAAAAAAUGGUGACUAUCGUCUUUCGAGCUCAAAUCGGCAGGAACCUGGAAGUUUAUGUCGACAACAUUGUGAGUCUGGGAAAUUUCUAGGCUUCAUGGUUUCCCGAAGAGGGAUUGAGGUCAACCUGGAAAAGAUUAGAGCAAUUACCGAGAUGGAACCACCGAAGUCGAUAAAAGAUAUACAGAGAUUAACUGAAAGGGUGGCAACUCUUCAUAGAUUCAUAUCAAAGUCAGCAGAUAAGUGCCUGCCAUUCUUCAAGAUCAUGAGCUCACCACCCCUACUGACUAAGGCUAUAGAUGGAGAGAUUCUCUAUUUGUACCUUGGAGUUUCAGAUGAAGCAAUUAGUUCAGUUCUGCUGAGAGAAUAAGCCAAACAACAAAGACUGAUCUAUUAUAUCAGCAGCGUGCUACACGGUGAGAACUGAGGUCUCAUAUUGCUGAGAAAGCAGCAUUAGUAGUUGUCACUUCGGCCAGAAAGUUGAGGCCAUAUUUCUAGUCACAUCCAAUUAUUGUCCUCACAGACCAACCUUUUCAACAAAUUCUGCAGAAGUCAGAGUGCUCCAAAGAUUAAUUAAGUGGAUAGUAGAAUUGGGGGAGUUUGAGAUAACAUUUUAGCAGAGAUCUACAAUUCGAGUUCAAGCACUAGCAAAUUUCAUCGU